AUGAGCAAGGCAUCCCAGCAGAACACCGCGACGGAUGCGAACGGAGUAAGCGUGAUUCACACCCAAGCACACGCCAGCGGUUUGCAGCAGGUUCCCCAGCUGGUGCCUGUCAGUCCUGGCGGCGGGGGCAAAGCCGUGCCUCCGAGCAAGCAGGGAAAGAAGAAUUCCUUCGUGGAUAGAAACAGUGAUGAGUAUCGUCAGCGACGAGAGCGAAACAACAUGGCAGUGAAGAAGAGCCGGUUAAAAAGCAAGCAGAAGGCACAAGACACGCUGCAGAGGGUCAACCAGCUCAAAGAAGAAAACGAACGUUUAGAGGCAAAAAUUAAGCUCCUGACCAAGGAGCUGAGCGUACUGAAAGACUUGUUCCUCGAGCACGCGCACAACCUCGCAGACAAUGUGCAGCCUGUUGGCACUGAAACCAGCACAGCAAACCCGGAGAACAGCGGACAGUAG